AUGGCAGUUCUGAUAGAAGGUCUUCCUGAUGCAGUGGCGCUGAGGUGUCUUGCGCGGGUCCCAUUCUACCUCCACCCGAGACUCGAACUUGUGUCCCGUGCAUGGCGGGAUGCGGUCCACAGCACCGAGCUAUACAAAGCGCGUAAAGAAGUCAAAGCCACGGAAGACUUUUUAUGCGUAUGCGCGUUCGACCCUGAAAACAUGUGGCAACUCUACGACCCAAACCGCGACAUUUGGCUUACACUUCCGAUAUUGCCCUCGAGAGUCCGCAACCUGGCCCACUUUGGUGUCGUCUCCACCGCCGGAAAGUUGUUUGUUCUGGGUGGCGGCAGUGACGCCGUUGACCCGUUGACCGGUGACCAAGACGGGAGUUUCGCAACAAACGAGGUCUGGGCGUAUGACCCGAUCGUCCGGCGGUGGGCCCCACGGGCUUCCAUGAUUGUCCCACGUGCGAUGUUUGCGUGUUGUGUUUUAGAUGGGAAGAUCGUGGUGGCCGGAGGUUUCACAACCUGCCGGAAAUCGAUCUCCAUGGCGGAGAUCUACAACCCGGAAAAGGAUGUUUGGGUGUCGAUUCCGGACCUCCACCAUACUCAUAACUCCGCGUGUUCAGGGCUUGUGAUUGAUGGUCAGAUGCAUGUGGUUCACAAGGGUUUGACCACGGUUCAGGUUUUGGGGAGGGACGGGUGGACGGUUCAUGAGCAUUCGUGGGUUCAGGGUCCCAUGGCGGUGGUUAAGGGUUCGUUGUAUGUGAUGAGUCAUGGGGUUAUAUAUAGGCAAGAGAAAGAGGUUAGUAAAGCAGUGAUUUCGGCUUCUGAAUUCAAGAAAAGAAUUGGGUUUGCUAUGAUGGGUUUUGGGGAUGAUGUUUAUGUGAUUGGUGGUGUGAUUGGACCUGAAAGAUGGAAUUGUGAUAUCAAGAAGAUGUCGGAUGUUGAUGUUUUGACACUUGGGAGUGAGCGGCCCGUGUGGCGGCAGGCGGCGGCGAUGACUCGGUGCCGGGGAACGAUUCUUGGGUGUGCUGAGUUGAGGAUUUAG